AUGUCAUCGAUUAAGAGAGCCAGCGGUCUGAGCUUUACAUCACGAACAACCUUUGGUAUUGAAGAAGAACCUCAGUACGAUGAUAUGACUGAUGAAGAAUUGAAAUCAUGUCUAGAGUUAUCAAUACGGACUAAUAGGAUAUUAAGCUUGGAAAAUGAUGUCUUUGAACGGUAUCUAGCUCAUCAUGAUCCUCAAUCUUUACAAACAAGUUCACCUGUAUCACCAACCAGCAGCAGCAGUAUAAGAACUUUCAGCGGUAGCCGUGGAUUUGCGUCAAUACUCACGACGAAUCCAUCACCCAAAGGUCUGCGCAUCACGCUGUCGCACCGGAUUGAAAUGGCGAACAAGGAGAUAGACGAAAUGAAAAAGCAAUUGGUGGCAUGUGAGAAACAAAUUACUAGAAAAAAGUCUAAUUUUACUGCCGAGCUGGAAGAAAUCGAGCUAAGAAUACGAGAUAUUGAUGAAGCGAAAGAACAGUUGGAGAUUCAUGUUGUUAAAAAAGAAGCUGACAAGACUGGUAAAAUAUCAGCUGAUAAAUUUUUGAGGUACAUAGAGACCUGGACCAAGGCUGUAGACCGCGUGAUUGACAAGCUGAGAUUGAAAAGCUUGACGAUCAAAAGCCAGAUCAAAAAAGCUAGGCUGCAAUUGCGUCAGCGAGAAGAACUUGGUGAGACGCUUCAUCUGAUUGAUUUCCAGGCUUUGGCUAUUGAGAAUGAAGAGUACUUGAAGAAAAUUGAUGAUAAAAACCGCCAGCUUGGUCAGUUGAAGAAAAUAACUGGAAGGUAUAAUAUUGAGCUGAGUAAUUGCAAGGAACAGUUGACUGAGCAGCAGGCGAGCUUGAAAAAUACUCUCAAAGAAAUUGAUAUGCCAGACGUAAUUGAUUUCAUCCGGGUGCAGUUAGAGCUAGAAGAAAUGAAGAAAACUUACAAACGCAUCGAGAGACAUAAACACAUUCAAAAAUCUACAUUACGUGCCUUUAAAAAACGUCAAUCACGCUUGCAGUCUAUUAAAUCCAACACCGAUUCAAUCAAAGCAAUUAAUUAG